CAAUUUAAUAGUUGCGACUAGAUUAAAGCGUACAAGUUUGCGGGGUCGCCGUUGGCUGUGUUUGUAUUAAACGUUGCCGGCCAUUUAAAGAGCACUUCCACACCCACGGACAAAAGCUUCAAAGGCACACGUCAUAUUUGCCACAACAAACAAAAGUUUUUCCACCAUAAAGGAAGCAAACUUUUUGGCAAACGGAAGAGUAAAAAUAUACAUUAAACUCGGUGCAACACAGACACAACCAAUACCAAAGCGAGGGCAAAAUGCAAGAUCCAAACCAGCAGUACAAUUACGGCGGUGGCUAUCCACCUCAAGGUGGCUAUGGCGGCGGAGGCUAUCCGCCGCAGGGACCACCACAGGGCUAUCCACCGUACGCCCAAGGAGGCGCCCAGCCCUAUCCACAGGGGCCGUAUGGUCAGCCCUACGGACAGGGACCACCGCCAGGCGGCUAUGCUCCCCAGCCGGGUUUCAUUCAGCCACCACCGUCGGCUGGUGGAUACGGGGCCUACGACGAUCCGGAGAGCCAGCCCAAGAACUUCUCCUUUGACGACCAGAGCAUCCGUCGUGGAUUCAUUCGCAAGGUGUACCUGAUUCUGAUGGGACAACUCCUGGUCACCUUUGGAGCCGUUGCCCUGUUCGUGUUCCACCAGGGCACACAGAACUUUGCCAAGCGCAACUUAUGGCUCUUUUGGGUGGCCCUGGGCGUGAUGCUUGUGACCAUGCUCUGCAUGGCCUGCUGCGAGAGUGUGCGCCGCCAGACGCCGACCAACUUUAUAUUCCUGGGCUUAUUCACGGCAGCUCAGUCAUUCCUAAUGGGAGUCUCGGCCACUAGAUAUGCACCGAGCGAGGUCCUCUUGGCGGUUGGCAUUACGGCAGCGGUUUGCCUGGCCUUGACACUGUUUGCCUGGCAGACCAAGUACGAUUUCACCAUGAUGGGCGGCGUCCUGAUCGCCUGCAUGGUGGUGUUCCUGAUCUUCGGCAUCGUGGCCAUGUUCAUGAAGGGCAAGAUCAUAACGCUUGUGUACGCCUCCAUCGGGGCGCUGCUCUUCUCCGUUUACCUGAUCUACGACACCCAGCUGAUGAUGGGCGGCGAGCACAAGUACUCGAUCAGCCCCGAGGAGUACAUCUUUGCGGCGCUGAACCUCUACCUGGACAUCAUCAACAUCUUCAUGUACAUUCUUACUAUAAUCGGAGCCUCGCGCGACUAAGGCUCGCACGAUUUCCGUUAUGUUGUUUACCAGUUUAGGCCGGGUCAAGCUUUAGCCGGAAUAUGAAUAUUGUUGUCGCGCGUAAUCUCAUCGGUAUUUACACCUUUUGCCCCCCGAAGUGAAGGCAAUCUCUUCAAACUAACGAAUUACUCAAAUUACUUACGAUCUAUAUCUCUAUUUCGCGUUGUGUUUUUGUCUGAUUCCGGUGUUUCCUUCUAGUUCUAAAUGUCAGUUAAGGUGAGGCGAACUUACUUGCUUUUCGUUAUGUAUUUUGUAUUACUGCUUAAGUUGAGGGCACUGUGUUAACUGGAUGAUGUUCUUCAAAAUUCCCCAAAAAACAAAAAACAAAAUUAUAAUAAUAUAUAUAUAUGUAUACCAAAUGAUAUGCCAUUCAGAUACACAAAACCACAACCAACAAUAAAUAGUCACGUAUAAACAUAUAUAUUUAUGUGGGAUAUAUUAAAGCAACCCGGCUUGCCGUUGUUAUGUAAAAACGAAUUAAAACUGUCUGUAAUCCGCGCGGAAUCCCGAAUCAAGGACCGAACAUUGUAAACUAAGCAGCGACACUGAGUUUAAAGUCACACAAUAAAGCGCAUCUAUUUAUUAAA